AGAGACGAAGGAGCGAGGCGCGCCGCUCUCGCGCCCGGCGCUGCGUCCAAUAGUCGCACGGGGUUUUUUCGUGGGGGGGGGGAGUGGGAGGACACGCGAGGGGAUCGAGUGGCUGUUGCGCGACACACACACGCACUCGCACGCACACGCAGAGUGCUCCUUUAUGCACCGAGGGCAGCGGCGUUGGUGUGCGAUGUCCUGAUCCGAGCUGUGUUCGGAGACACGGACCCAGGUCAAGUUCCGGUCGGCGUCUCGUGGCUCGCGGGACGUGCGCGCGGACCGCCGCGUCCCGAUCCCGGACAGCCCUUCUCCCUGGACCAGUGUCGCCUGCUUUUCCCCGCACAGGCACACUGUUUCCACCCCGGACAGGGGAGAUCGGAGCCGCGUAGCCCUUCCUUCACCGCUAUCCCGCCUUAAUUUACCAUUUUUUGUUGUUGUUUUUUUUUUUUAAAAAAAAAAAAUCUAUAAUUUGAUUGCGGUAUGACUUCGGCUGUUUGAUGGGGCUUCUACGGAUUAUGAUGCCGCCCAAGUUUCAGCUGCUGGCGCUGCUGGCGUUCGCCGUGGCCAUGCUCUUCCUGGAGAACCAGAUCCAGAAGCUGGAGGAGUCCCGGGGAAAGCUGGAGCGCGCCAUCGCCAGGCACGAGGUGCGGGAGAUCGAGCAGCGCCAUACUCUGGACGGCUCCAGAGAGAUGCCGCUCGACGAGAGUGAAGAUGUGGUCGUUAUCUACAACCGUGUUCCCAAGACGGCGAGCACGUCCUUCACCAACCUCGCCUACGACCUCUGUGGCAAGAACAAGUACCACGUCCUGCACAUCAACACCACCAAGAACAACCCGGUGAUGUCGUUGCAGGACCAGGUGCGAUUUGUGAGGAACGUGACGUCCUGGAGGGAGAUGAAGCCUGCGUUUUACCACGGACACGUGUCCUUCCUCGACUUCUCCAAGUUUGGCGUCAAGAGAAAGCCCAUCUACAUCAACGUGAUCCGGGACCCCAUCGAGCGCCUGGUGUCCUAUUACUACUUCCUGCGCUUCGGGGACGAUUACAGACCGGGCCUGAGGAGAAGGAAACAGGGUGACAAGAAGACUUUCGACGAGUGCGUGUCGGCGGGCGGCUCCGACUGCGCCGCAGAGAAGCUCUGGCUCCAGAUCCCGUUCUUCUGCGGGCACUACUCCGAGUGCUGGAAUGUGGGCAGCCGCUGGGCCCUGGAGCAGGCCAAGUACAACCUGGUGAACGAGUACCUGCUGGUGGGUGUGACGGAGGAGCUGGAGGAUUUCGUCAUGAUCCUCGAGGCGGCGCUGCCACGUUACUUCCGCGGUGCCACGGAACUCUACCGCACUGGGAAGAAGUCCCACCUGAGGAAGACGAGCGAGAAGAAGCCGCCCACCAAGGAGUCUAUCGCCAAGCUCCAGCAGUCGGACAUCUGGAAGAUGGAGAGCGAAUUCUACGAGUUCGCGCUGGAGCAGUUCCAGUUUGUGCGUGCCCAUGCCGUGAGGGAGAAGGACGGCGAGCUCUACAUCCUGGCCCAAAACUUCUUCUACGAGAAGAUCUACCCCAAAAUGAACUAGAGCCGUGGGCAGGGGGAACUGGAUCUUAGGUGUGUGCUAGGUCUCAGCCCCACCUUCCCAACGGGAAGGACACUGACUACGGGACGGGACCGAGACGGGCGGCUCGGCGGGGUUCCUCUCCGUACCGACCCCCAGUAGCCCAGGGGCCAGGAGCCACCCCCCCAUUCGACUGCCGGCUGUUUCCCUAACCCCCAUUUCUCUAGCGCUCUAGUGAACGCGGCUGUAGGAUCUCACUGCCACCUGAAGGGGGCGGUGUGUGGAACUCCUGUAACGAGUUGAGGGUCCGCGCUGCGACCUGCUGUUUCUCUUUGUUUUUCCUCGCCACUUUGGGGUGAAAGGUCGCAGCAGUGGCAUCCUCCAAGGACACACAGGCAGGGUGCGAGGUCACAGCCCAUGCCGCCGUGUUAAUAUCUCGCCUCCAUAUUUUUUUUUUUUUUUUUUUACACCAAUAUGGUUUUUGUCACCUCACCAGGGAUAUUCUUUUUACUUUGUUUUCCCCAUUUGUUGUCGUUUUCAUUUUGAUUUUAUUUUGUCUUAAUAAUUGGUUGGUUUGAUUGCGUUUAUAGGAGAGGAAGCAGUGGAUCGAGGGAAAAGACGACACUCAAUCUGAAAUCAUACCAACUUUGGCACCACUGGAGAAUUUUUCUUUUUUUCUCUUUCUCCCUAAUCCUCUCAUGAAAAAUGAUACAGCAGUAGAUAAUCAGGAACACAACUAAAACAAUCCCAUGCUUAUUGAGUGGGUGACUGACAUUAUUUAGCAGGGUGAUGCUGGAGGAGGCCUCCCGUUCUCACAUCUGUGCUAUUGUACAUUUACUGGACUGUUUUUGUUUGUUUCGUUAGUUUUUUUCCUGCAUCUUGUACACUUUUACCCUUAGAUGUAUUUUUGCUAGGUGCUUUGUAAAGUGUUUACAAGCGUUGUAUCUAGAACGAAAGGGGAAAAAGAUUAAAUUGAACCUACCGCUGUAAAUAUUGCUUAUUUUAUGUAUUUGGACCAAAUGGUUAUAUAUAAAAGGAAUAGGGGUUCAAGAAUAUUCAGUUUUGUGCUGUACUGUAUAUGAGGCGAAAUGUUUCUGACUGUUUGUACUUCAUGAAUCACUUUGUUGAACAUUUCGGAGGAAACUCAACGCUGCCCCUAUUGUUGACCGGUUUACAUGCAUUUUUCUUUCGGUUUUUUGCCAUUGGCUGAGCUAACCAUGUGUUCUCUUUGUUGUCCCACAACUUUCAAUUUCGAAAGUAUUGUUUUUUUUCUCGAUGUAAGAGGCCACUGCAUACCCAUGAUCCUCAGGACGUUGCCUUGUUUUUCAUAAUCACGUCUCGAGCGGCACUCCUUACAGGAGAGAUGAGUUUGCAGAUGUUGCUGCUUUGAUGGGUCUGGCCUCUCGUAGCUCACAUAUUUCGAGCCAUAAAUAGCGGUCCGUUGUGUUUCUUUCCUUUCUUUUUUCUUUGUGAUUCUUAAUUUUUUGUUGUUUUUCUUUUAAAGCUAAUCUAGUUUCCUUGAUGAUUUUGUUUUUGUGGCUAAGUUACCUUUCUUUCGCGAUGAAGGGGGAAUUUUUUUUUUUUUUUUGCAGUUUGAACAAAAACUAUGACUGCACCACACGUGUGUUUCAGGGCUACAAUCAAAACGAUGAGUACAAGACAAUAAAAACAGACACGCAACAGAGAAUAAGUACACACAGUUUAGCUGUUGUGGGUUUAGUUCGGCUCUUUCAGUGCAGCAUGUUACUGAAGCGCACAGUAGAAGCUGGGGAUUGGGGCUACUGCUGUCCCUGAAGCCUGCUGGUAAGACACACACACACACACACACACACACACACACACACACACAUAUAUACAUACAUACACACACACCGAGGUUUUCCAGGCAAAACAGGCUGAAAAACCAUAAAUAUUUCCUACAGGAAAACGAUAUGUACAUUGAUUUGCUCCACUAAAUUAGGUUGACCGGUUAGUUGCGGAAGGUGUUUUGUUGUUUUCCUAUGUUUUAUGUAUGCGUUUUAUACAUUAGUUACUUUUAUGGAAGAUAAAUGACACAAUGCGAAGGUACUUUAAGAAAUGGUACAGUUGGCUCCCUGUUUAAUCCUGCUAUGUUUGACACAAUAUGGAACAAUAGAGAAUAAUAACUAAUAUGGGCCAUCCCUUUUAAGGUCUCUUACUAUUAUUGUUGUUGUUGUUGUUCUUGCAGUCUCUUAAGAGGGGCUAUAUAUAUAAAACGGUACAACAGCAGGAAUCAGGAACAUCUCUGAGACAAGUACAGGUCCAGUAUGCUUCUUCUGGUGUUUUCCCUUCAUACCAUCAUAAAUUCACCAAUCAGUGUUUGUGUGUUUGGGACCCACGAGGAGUCUUUCUGAUGACUUUUACCCCUGUACUUUAGAAUCACCUGGCUGCGUGGCCCACCCAGGCCACAGCAGGCAUCGAAUGUGUCCAUUCGCAGUGCAUCGUGGGUGGGGUGGAGGGUUCAGCAAAGCGCGAGCCACCCGAUAGUGCCUUCAUCGCAGCCGUCAGUGAGGCUCGGGACCCCCGUGUGCAGGUCGUCCCCCUUUCCCAUCAGGUUCCGCUCCACCUGUCUGACUGCCAGACCCUCCCACUGUUAGUUUAUCUCCUCUGAAAGUCUUCAUUCUGUUUUUGGUUGCCUGAAACUGUUUUA